UGACAAAAUGGAACCCACCAGCAGUGUGAGGAGACCUGAAAGUGGCACAUGGCAGAGUGUGGCGAUGGAGACAGCAGCAAUGGGAGGCCGUACAGGGACCCAUGAACACUCUGGACCUGGCAGCAGCAUGAGGAGGCGGUACGGGGGCCCAUGGCAGAUUACGGGCCUGGCAGCAGCAAUGGGAGGCCCGUAAUCUGCCAGCACCCUAUGACAAAAUGGAACCCACCAGCAGUGUGAGGAGACCUGAAAGUGGCACAUGGCAGAGUGUGGCGAUGGAGACAGCAGCAAUGGGAGGCCGUACAGGGACCCAUGACACACUCUGGACCUGGCAGCAGCAAGA